AUGGAUUAUUUAUAUUAUGUUGGUGGAGAAUGGAGGAUUGUGGAAGAAAGACAGUCUCGUACGGUUGUACUGACAGAUGUUAUUCUUGAUACGCAGAAGCAGAAAAUAUAGAUACAGAAUACUAACAGCAUUAUAGUUAACGUUCCAAAGACUAGAAGGACUUACUGUAAGGGUAAGGAAUGUCGUAAGCAUACUCAACACAAGGUUACCCAAUACAAGGCCGGUAAAGCCUCUUUAUUCGCUCAAGGUAAGAGAAGAUAUGACCGUAAGCAAAAGGGUUACGGUGGUCAAACUAAGCCAGUUUUCCACAAAAAGGCUAAGACUACCAAGAAGGUUGUUUUAAGAUUGGAAUGUGUCGUCUGUAAGACCAAGGCUCAAUUAUCUUUAAAGAGAUGUAAGCACUUCGAAUUAGGUGGUGACAAGAAGCAAAAGGGUCAAGCUUUACAAUUUUAA